GAUCAAACAACUCUCUUCGAUCAUUGCUUUCGUUUAAAGGAAAAGAUGGAUGAUGAAGUAUUUCAACUAGGUGCUUCAUCUCAAAAGCAAACACUUUCAAUCUCUUCUUCAUUCGUUCAAAGGGCAAGACCUACAUUCUGGUUGGAUUUGAAUGCCGCCAAUCAAGUCGGAUCUUCAGCUCCUUAUGUUACACAAUUGGUAAGCAUACCUUCUUCUUCUAUCGUAUCAUAUACCGAUGAUGGCAUAUUCAGAACGCAUGAUCGAGCAAGUCUGAGUGUGAUUGGUAUCUUCCAAUGGGAACAAGGCGGAAUAUGCUCUGCCAUCAAACCUGUCCAAAAUGGUUUCAUUUCUGCCGGUAAGUCUGGCAUGAUUGGUUAUUGGGACGCUCGUCAGCCAACGCCAACGAUAUCCCUACAAGGUCCUUCCAAUGCACCCUAUCUUUCACUUGCAUCAAGUACAGUAGAUACAAACACCAUCGCUGCAGGAACGGAAUUGCAAGGUACAGAUGCACGUAUCGAUUUGUGGGAUAUACGUAAACCAGAUGUACCCGUACUAUCAUACUUGGAAACACAUUCGGACGAUAUCACUUCGCUUGACUUCCAUCCAACGCUACACAACAUCCUCUUAAGUGCAGCAAGUGAUGCAUUGAUAGCAAUAAGCGAUACAAGACAACAAAACGAAGAUGAUUCAGUGGUCGGGGUAAUAAAUGCAGGUGCAAGUGUUGCAAGAGCAGGUUGGGGAGGUUCUUCAAAAGUUUAUCCGAAAGCUUCGCCCGUUGAUGAUGACGAAGAAAUUUCUUCAUCUGCUUCGAAUCUUCCUCCUUUGGGCGCCUUUUACGGAGUAAGCGAUAUGCAAACAGUUGGUAUAUGGGAAGCAGAUGGAUUUAGCGAACUUUUACCCGUUCGAGAUGUUCGUCAAACACAAAUGGAAACAAACAUUCCAACCCACAGACAUUGGCAAACGGAAUAUGCGAUUGAUGCAAAUUAUGAUUCUUCGUUAUUGGAAAAUUCAGAAAGUGUUGGAUUAUUUUGUGGUGAACAAAAUGGCGGAAUGGCAUUAAUGGAAAUUCCGCAUGACAACAACAACUCACAAUCAUCAUCAUCACCUAAUUGGUCUUUGCAUUGUCUUACUUCCGGUGGUCAUGCGGAUAUCGUUCGAAGUGUUACUUGGGAUCCUGCUUCCUAUAUCUUAUACUCAGGCGGUGAAGAUGGUCGAUUAUGUGCUUGGUCUCUUUCUGGCGAUCAAUCUUCCGCACAAAGCAAUGCUGCAGCUGCUAUUGCUACAAGUUUGGACGCUAGCAAUAAUGAAUCCAAUACUGAUUCCACUUCUGACGAAUUCGGUGGACCAGGGCCUAAACGUAAACCGCUCAAAGGUUCAACUCAUUCAUCCUCUCCCUUACAUUCUGGUCGGACGGCUUCAAGCAAAUCCUAUCGUCCAUACUAAGACAUACAGAGCUGUAUCAUUAUACCCUACUAAACAAUUGCAAUAAAUGUGUCAUUCCAAAG